AUGCUCUACACCGACUCGGAAAAAGUGCUCUGUUUCCACGGACCCUUGAUCUACUCGGCCAAGGUGCUUAAAGCCGAAAAAUGGACAGGCGAUGACAACGUCACAGGACAAGUGGGUCCGCACUAUUUGGUGCAUUACGACGGCUGGAAAAAGACGUGGGACGAAUGGGUGCCCGAGACACGGCUGCUCAAGUACAAUGACGAAAACCUGGCGCGCAAAGCGACCCUGCAAGAAGCGGCAAAAUCCGGCUCGCUCACGUCUUCCUCUUCGAGCGCGGACAAGGGCGGUGCAUCCGGAGGAGGUGGGGGAGGGGCAGGAGGCAAGAGGGGCCGAGACUCGGACGCGCACGCCGACCGCAAGAACACAGCCCGCGGAUCCAAGCGUAGCAGAGACACCGUAGAGGCGGAGGAAGACUUCCUUAAACGUCCCGAAGUCAAGAUCUCCCUUCCCGACGAGCUCAAGCUUCAGCUCGUAGAUGAUUGGGAAAACGUCACCAAGAAGGGCGAGCUAGUGCCUCUGCCCCGCAAGCCCUGCGUCAAAGACAUUCUCGACGAUUACAAGAAACACUACCUCUCGUCCAAACGCAACGACUCCUCCAGCAGCGGCAGCAGCGCGGCAAAACACCGCAGCCCACAAGUUGUCGACGAGGUGCUCAAGGGCCUCAAGCUGUAUUUCGACCGCUCGUUGGGGCAGAACCUAUUGUAUAGAUUUGAGAGGGCGCAAUACGUCGAGUAUCGCAAGAAGAACGGGCCCAAGAUGGGCGAUGGCGAUGUUGGAAAUGCGAGGUCGGGCAACGGCAGCAUGGGCGGAGAUAUGGAGCCGAGCGACGUGUAUGGUGCAGAACACUUGUUGCGGCUUUUUGUCAAUCUGCCCAUGAUCAUCGUUCACACUUCGAUGGACGCAGAAUCUAUCAGCUUGCUCAAGGAACACCUCGCCGAAUUCCUAUCAUACAUUGCAAGGGAGAAACACCGCCUCUUCGUGCGCGAGUACGAAGCAGCUUCACCUGCAUACCAUCGCAUCAGCUCGACAUGA